AGCUGCAUGUGACCUAGCUGAGUUCAUGCCUUUCCGCUAUCACUUUGUGAAUAUAAAUAAAAACUGGACUGAAGCUCAGAGCUACUGCAGACAGACCUACACUGAUUUGGCCACCAUCAACAACGUGGAGGAGAUGAACAAGCUAAAAUCCACAGUGGAAGGUAAAGUUGUGCACUACGCAUGGACUGGCCUGCAGAAAGGAGACGGUCAGAAAUGGCAGUGGUCUCUGAAUGAUAAUUCUGCGUACUAUAACUGGAGUUCUGGAGAACCAAACAACGCUGCCAACAGCAACUCCUGUGUCAACAUGUAUGCAAAUGGAAAGUGGAAUGAUGACAAUUGUCUCACUUCAUUCGCCUUUGUGUGUUACACAGGGCAAAAAACAGCAAAUAAUUUAGUUUUGAUUAGUGAGAAAAAAACAUUUGCUGAUGCUCAAAGCUACUGCAGAAAAAACUACAGCGAUCUGCCCAGUGUGAAGAGCAUCACUGACAACCAGAAGGUUCAACAAGCUGCCGGUGGAAACACUGUUUGGAUUGGAUUGUUCCGAGAGUCCUGGAAAUGGUCGGAUCAGAGUAACUCUGUGUACAGAAGCUGGAGAAGCGGACAGCCAGAUAAUUUAAAAGGAAAUGAAAGCUGUGUCGCACUGGGGAAAAAUAUAAUGGACCACUGGGAUGACUGGAAAUGUGAAACAAGCUUCCCCUUCAUCUGCUAUGAGAAUAAGCUGAUCUUGAUCCAGCAGAAUCUGAGCUGGGCAGAAGCUCUGAGAUACUGCAGAGAGAAUCAUGUGGACCUGGUCUCAGUUCACUCUGAGGAGAUCCAGCUCUGGGUGGAGGAUGUGGCUCAGAAUGCCUCCACUGAUCAUGUGUGGCUGGGCAUGCGUCACACCUGCACUCAGGGAUUCUGGUUCUGGACGAGUGGGUUUUCCGUCUGCUACCAGAACUGGGCUCCAGGUAACGGGACAGAAGGUGAAGACUGCAGUCCUGUAGAGAGAACCGGAGCGGUGCAGGCUAGAGGAGAUCAGCAGUGGGUCAGCCUGCCUGAGAACCAGACUCUCAACUUCAUCUGCAUCAGAUAUGAAGGUUAACUGAGUUGUUUUAUGGAGAAGGUGCAUCAUUUUAAUGUUAAACAUUCCAUGGUAAAUCCCUUUAUAUACUUGAUAUCACUCAGAACUAUUCU